CAUUUCAAAGUCCUCCCUAUAAUAAAACCAAAAGCCUCAGACCUCAGCCAAAGCUCUCUUUCAGAACUAUCUCUCUGUCUCUUCUUCUUCUUCUUCUUCUUCUUCUUCUUCUUCUUCUUCUUCCUCUUCUUCUUCUUCAAUUUCCAUGUCUGGUGAGGCCAGAAAUCUGUUCCACCAUGACCUACCAUUCCACGAUGAUCGCCGCAACGUCGGCAAAUCCGGUUUUAUUCCCUUCUCGACGGAUCCUCCUUCCAUGUUUAAUCAGUCUGUUCAUGGGUUGGGAGACUCAGCAGCUCGCGAUCUAAAUGGGUUUGACCCUUCCUACUUGAGCUUCACUGACUGUUUACAUGGCGCACUGGAUUACAGUACAUUAUCAAGAGCUUUCGACUUGUCUUGUUCUCCGCCGGAUGCGUUUCAUCCCGUCGAUGAUGCCACCCAGAAGACGGGUGGUAUGGGCGAGUCAACGGGGACUACUGACAUUCCGGCGACACCCAACUCGUCUGUGUCAUCAUCGUCCACUGAGGCAGCAGGAGAAGAAGAUUCGGGGAAGAGUAAGAAAGAUCGGCAGCCGAAAGGGUCUGAAGAUGCAGUCGACAAGCCUAAUAAGAAAGUGAGCAAGCCCAAAAAGAAAGGAGAGAAGCGGCAAAGAGAGCCACGAUUUGCUUUCAUGACUAAGAGCGAAGUUGAUCAUCUUGAAGAUGGAUACAGAUGGAGAAAAUAUGGGCAGAAGGCAGUCAAGAACAGCCCUUAUCCAAGAAGCUACUACAGGUGCACUAGCCAGAAGUGCUCAGUGAAGAAAAGGGUAGAGAGAUCAUUCCAGGAUCCAUCAAUUGUGAUUACUACAUAUGAAGGACAACACACCCACCAGAGCCCAUCGACGCUUAGAGGGAAUGCUGCGGCCAUGAUGGCACCUAGCAUGCUAACACCGCCACCUCCGGCCGGCCCAAUCUUCCCCCAAGAACUACUGCUUCAAUUGCCUUCAACAAACAACCAGGCUGCAGCCACAAGGUCGUCAUUGUAUCAACAAACCCUAGCUCAGCAGCUCCGUCUUCCAGACUAUGGCCUUCUCCAAGACAUGGUUCCUUCCUUUAUCCAUAGGCAACUAUCAUGAUCUCUCUCUCUCUCUCUCUCUCUCUCUCAUAUUUUGUACAUGUAUUUAGUUUUGGAUACAUGAACAAAUUAAUACCAGUAUGGUAUGCAUGCAUGGAGAAUCAGAUUCAUCUUUUUGAGUUA